UGACUGCCAAGCCACUGACUGGCAAGCCACACCCCCCUCCGCUAACUUGCAGUCGUGACGCCCAAUCUCGCGUGAUGAGACUUGUGACGUCGGGAUUUUCAGAAAGACAGGCGCCAAGGAAUUUUGAAUUACCAGCUCUGCGGGACGUAUGGUUUUCAUGUUCUGGGAGCCAUGAAGCCUGCCCAAGAAACCUAUCCGCCUCCCAGGCCUUCUUAUCUCGGUGUAUCAAUAACUUAUCCAGAAAGGGAUGAACCACAGCCGAUUGAUGAUCUCAGAACUAAUUUGGCUGAAAAGUUUUUAUCACUUGGAGGCUCAGUAUCAGAAACCAACCCCAACCAGAAAAAUUCUUUGGGGUCCCAGGAGCAUAUGCAGGUUUACCUUCGUGUUCGCCCCUUCACUGCCGUAGAAAUUGAACAAAAUGAAGCUCAGGACUGCAUCAGUAUUCCUGAUUCCUCUAGUGUUUUGGUUAAGCCUCCACACAAUUCACAGUCUUGCCGACUAAGUGAUAAAGGCAAUGGAUCUAUGGCUCAGAAGUUUACCUUUACACAUGUAUUUGGUCCGGAUACAACACAAGCACAGUUUUUUGAUGGCACAAUAAAGCAGCAUGUGAUUGAUUUUAUGAAGGGUCAGAACCGUCUGAUUUUUACAUAUGGAGUGACAAAUGCAGGCAAAACUUUCACCUUCCAAGGUACAAAAGAUGAUGCGGGUAUUUUGCCUCGGUCAAUGGAUAUGCUUUUUAAUUCCAUUCAAGGAAGAGUGUAUACUAAAAUGGAUGUGAAGCCAUAUAGAUGUAAAGAUUACAUACGAUUAACCAAAGAGCAGGUUAAAGCAGAAGCUGCUCUUAAGAAUUCUGUACUUCGUCAGAUGAAAGAGGUGGAUUGCAGUAUACGAAGUAACAAUAGCAGGACCUGUCAAGAUACCACAGACUUCAGUAAUGAUGAAGGUUUCACAAACUCAAGCAUGUUAUCUGAUAUGGACAUUCAUGUAAGGCAAUCGGAAGAGUUCAAACUGCCUUUGGACAGUUUAGCUAAAUUCUCCGUCUGGGUGUCUUUUUGUGAAAUCUACAAUGAGUGUAUUUAUGAUCUCCUAGACCCAAUAUCGGGUGAUAAGUCCUAUAAAAGGAAAACGCUGAGGCUUGCUCUGGAUCUUAAAGGGUAUUCUUUUGUUAAAGAUCUUCAGUGGAUAGAAGUGUCUGAUGCAACAGAGGCAUGCAAAAUUCUAGCUUUAGGGAAAAAAUUCCAAAGCAUUGCAUAUACAAAGCUGAACAGUUCAUCUAGCAGGAGUCACAGCAUCUUUACUGUUCGACUGUUAAAAAUUGAAGAUUCUGAUAUACCUCGAGUGUUGAAAGUCAGUGAAUUGGCACUGUGUGAUUUGGCCGGUUCUGAAAGAUGUACAAAGACUCAAAAUGAAGGAGAGAGACUAAAGGAAAGUGGCAAUAUAAAUACAUCCUUGCUUAUUCUGGGCAAAUGUAUUAAUGCACUGAAGACAAGUCAGCAUUCAAAGGCUCAUCAGCAUGUCCCAUUUCGGGAAAGCAAGCUUACACACUACCUACAAAGUUUUUUCAGUGGCAAAGGAAAAGUGUGCAUGAUUGUUAACAUCUGUCAGUCAGCCUCUUCUUAUGACGAGACCCUUAACGUUCUAAAAUUCUCGGCUGUUGCUCAGAAGGUUCUUAUCCUGGAGUCCUCUCAGAAUUCAGAGGCUUAUGGUCAGAGAAAAAGUGCUCGAGAGGUUUCAUUCAUAAUCAACAAUGCAGACAGCAAGGUAUGGAACUCAAGAAAGCGAGCAACAGUGCAGUGGGAUUCACGUCUUGAAGAUGUGCCAGAAGAUGGAAACAGUGAGGAGGAUUCUGAGGAAGAGGAGUGCCUCGACUGUACCUAUCAAGACGAGGAGGAGGAUGACGGUGUUCAAGAAGAUGAACUUGUUAUUAAAAAAGAUGCCUACCAGAAACUACUGGACCUUGUAGAAGAUUUAAAAACGAAGCUGGUGAAUGAGAAAAAAGAUAAACUCCUUAUGGAAUUAAAGAUCCGUGAAGAGGUAGCGAAAGAAUUUACUGAACAUUUCAUGCAACGAGAGAAGGACUUUAGUGAACACUUAGAAAAAGAAAAAGAGUUGAUGGAGGAACGAUGUGAUGAAAGAAUAGAAAUUUUCCAAGAUUUGGUGAGAAAAUGUUCUAAGAGUGAGGAUGAAGGAGAAGAAGAUGAAAAUAGAGACAAUACAGCAGACCAGGUGGAACAGACCGACACACCCAUUGAUGGGCUCUUUAUUUCCAUGCAGAAUGACCUGGCAGUAAUAAAGAAGCAGGCAAUGGAUGCCCAGGUUCAAAUUAUAUCAAUUCCAGAUGUUCCAGGCAUAAUUUCAAAGAUGGAGCAAAAGCUGAAACAAAUUUCUUGUGACCUUUCAAAAACACAAGAAGAACUAAAGAAAAAAUCUUCUCAACUAGAAAUCCAGAUUGCAAAAUGCAGCAGAGCAACCAUUCAGUUGGAGGAAACUGAGAAAAAACUUUCUUCAAACAAGCAGCAAAUUGAUCAGCUUGUGAGUAUGAUCGAACAAAAGGAAUCUGCAAUCGACAGGUUAAAAGAUCUUGUCUCCCACUGGGAAGCUAAAUGUGAGGACUAUGAGAAAACUGUGAAUGGCAUCAAAGGAGAGAUGAUUAAGGUCAAUACCAGUGCAGCUGGCAGGAAGCGUCCACCAGAGGACCACCAGUGCCCUGAGGAACAGCCCCCUUCAAAGAAAGAAUUUGCUGAAGUUAUUGACACACACAGACCAGCAGCCCUUAAACAAACACAUGUCAAUAACAAUAGCAAGGAGCCAGCCAUUCAACAAGAAGUGGAAGGUCUGCGAGUAGAAACGGAAAAUUACAAAACACAAAUCCAUAAUCUUAACUGUAGCGUUUCUUUGUUGGAAGAGAAACUUGCUAGAAGUGAAGAACAGGUCACUGAGAUGAAGUCCAAAAACCAGACUCUGAUCUCCGAACUGCAGGCAUGUAACGAUCGUACCUUUAGCCUAGAGGGGACAGUCAAAAUGCUGAUGCAGGAGUUAGAUCAGAAUAAACUGAACUCUGCCAACAAAGUGGCACAAAUCAGAACUAUCCAAAAUAAACUGGAUGAGAUUGGCAAGAGGGUGGACAUUCAAGGCAAAGCAGACGAAGAUUUUUCUAAUAUACAUGAUCUAGUCGAGGAAUGCAACCAGAAGAAUUGCCAAUUAGAUAAUCUAAAAGAAAGCAAUUCUGCAAAAGUCAGCUCUAACAGGGAAAGUACUUUUUACAGUGCCAUUGAUGGUUUGUGGAAAAAGUGCCAGGAAGUUCUUCAGGAGUCCAGUAAAAAAAAACAUUUGAUCCAAGAACUUGAACAAAAACUGGAGACAUUAGACAAAGAUAUAAAUACAAUGAAAAAUGAAAGAGAAGAUUUACAGACUAAGUUAAAUGCCCAAAUCAGUACUCUAAAUGAAAAGGAUGACCUUAUUGUACAUCUCCGUAACCUCCUGUCAGAAAGGACUGAUAUUUUAGAGAACCAAAGAAAUGAAGAAGCAGAGUCAGAGAAAGCGAUCCAAGAGCUAAAAAAUCAAGCAAAUGCCAAUGUGCAGCAGAUAAAGGAGUUGCAAUGCCUUUUAGAUUCUUAUAAAGAAAAAUGUGAAAGUCUGAAAUGUUUAGAAGAACAGAACAAAGCAAGUGCCUCUGACACUCUCCAGCUGGAACAGAACUUAAAAGAAGCACAAACAAAAUACGAGGCUUAUGAAAAGGAUAUAACAACAUUAAAUGAGGAGAACAGGAAACUAGGAAAAAAUAUAACAGAACUGCAAGAAAAACUUAAUGCUGCGGAAAAGACAAGCAAAGACAAAGAGGAGCAAGUGGGACAGUCAGCUAAAGAAAUAGAAUUGUUAAAAAAAGACCUUUCACAGCGAGCUAGUGAGCUUAAGGUUCUCCAGCUAGAUCUCCAGAGGAAGGAAGAGGACUGCACUGAGCUGAAAGAUAAACUAAUGGAUUCCAAGAAACAAAUACAGCAGGUGGAAAAAGAGGUCUCAGGGAUGCGUGAGGAAAAACGUCUGCUAACCAACAAAGUUAAUGAAUAUGAAAAACUAAAGAACCAAAUGUCUCGUGAAUUGGAAAUGAAACAACGCACAAUUCAACAACUUAAGAAGGAGUCUGCUGAUAAUGAGAAAAACGGUGAUGUAAUGCAGUUGUAUCAGAAAGCUUGUCAAGAGGCUCAAGAAAAAGAGAAGAUAAUUGAAGACAUGAAAGAGACACUUAUUGAGCAAGAACAGACUCAAGUAGAACAAGAUCAAGUACUUGAGGCCAAAGAAGUAGAAGCAGAAAAAUUAUCUCAAGAAUUGGAGGAAUGGAAACAAAAAUAUAAGGAGCUUGAGAAUAAUCUCUAUAAAGGACAAGUCAAACCUGAUUGCGAAACGAAUAAUGCAGAAAGAAAUGAGGGUGAAUUAUCUAAGUUAAAGGAUCAGUUAAAGGAACGUGAAGAAAAGAACAACACUGAGAGAAAGAAAUGGCUAGAGGAGAAAAUGAAUCUUCUUGCUCAGGCUAAAGAAUCCGAGACCCACAGGAAUAAAGAGAUGAGAAAAUUCGCUGAGGAGCGAGAACGCUAUAACAAACACCAAGCAGAGAUGGAACACCUAACAUUGCAGUUGACAGAAAAAGAUAAUACCUUACAGAAGUGGAGGGAAGAACGAGACCAGCUUCUUUCGGCACUGGAAAUUCAGCUAAAAAGUCUGCUUUCCAGCAACAUGGAAAAAGAUAAAGAAAUUGAAAACCUUAAAAAAAGUAGUACCUCAAGAACUCAGGAGGAAGCUUCAGAUGUGGCAGAGCUAAAGCGACUGCUUUCUGUACGAGAAGAUGCUAUUAAGGAAUUACAGCAGAAUCUUGCUAAUUCACAGGACUCUAAGACUAAUAAAACAGUAGCAAACCAGGAGGGAACAGAAGAAAAGACAGAGACUGUUAAACCUGAACAAGUUAACCGGGAGCUCAACAAUACAAAAAUCUCUGUGGACAGUUCCUCCUCUGCAGAUGACUGCCAGUCACAAGGUGGGUCAGACACUGUAUUAGAUUCUUCCGCAAUAUCGACUGAAUUUGGCAAGGUCAGCAGGUUCCCAAGACCAGAGAUGGAAAUUCAUUUUAGCCCAAUGCGACCAAACAAAAUGGAAGUGAAACAUCAUGGAGAAAGUUCCCCAAGAACAGUCAAAAUCACUCGGACUACAAGGAAAAGGAAGAGUGAUGAGAUGGAGCAGAAUAUAAUGCUCUCAAGCUGCUGGAAAAUUAAAUGUAAAGACAAAGCGGAAUCUGGGGGCAUUUGUCAGGAAGCUGUAAAGAGUGAAAAUAAGAAAAACACCAUAUCAAGGGCAGGUGUAAAAACUCCGUCCUCACAGUCCACCGUUGCCACUAACAAGAGUGAAACAAAGAGAGUUCAGAGAAGUACGCUGAAAAAGCAGCCGUCUGUUUCAAGUACAGUGAGUACAACUUCUGCAAGGAAAAAAGAUGGAACCCUGCAAAAGCUUGGCGAUUUCUUGCAAAGCUCACCUUCCAUUUUCCAGACAAAAGCAAAGAAACUACUUGAAACAAUUGCUGCCCCUAAAGCUCUGGAUGUUGGAAUCUGUAAAGCCGAGAAUGAUAAUAAGCCCAAGAAAAAUAGAAGAAAAUUAUACACUACUGACAUCUCUGUGCCACUGGACAUCCCUGCCAAUUCUAUCGUUAUGGACACAAAUGAGAAGGAGAGUGAUCACCUCAUCAUGAAAAGGCGCUUAAGAACAAGAACCGCUAAAUAAAUACUGUUAUUAGCCUAUCAUUUUUUAACCAUGUACAUAAGUGUAAUAUUGCUGCUGAUUUUAUGUUGCUAUCCUGUAAAAGCUGCCUGAGAAUGUUUUAUAAUUUCUUUUAUUGAACUAAAUGUUAACGUUUUUAUUUUGGAGCCACACAGCCACUAUCAUAAUGACUGUAAUGUCCAUUAGGUACAUUUAUAUCUCUUCCAAAAUAGCCCACCUAUGUAAGUGUGUAUAAUAUUCAGAAUAACAUCUGUAGAAAAACUGCACUGAUGUGGCCUACUUUCUUCUCAUUUGUCAUUAAAGUGGAUGGGACACAGCUGCUGGUGACAAAUUUGGUGCUUCCUGAGAGAGAGUUGGGGUCAUUUGCACAAAUUUGCAUGUGGCAAGUGACAAAUGCCAACCAAUCAGAUGUUUGCUUCCAUUGUUCUGCCUGCAUCUGGCUAUAAAAAAAUAAAACUUAUCACUGGUUGGCUGCUAUGGGUUAUUGCCCAGGUGCAAUUUUGCCCCAGUAAGUUAUUAGAAAAAAAAAGUGUGGUGAUGCCUUAUUUGCAGUUAAACUCUAAUGGGUAUAGGAAAAAAGCACUGGAUUAUUAUGAAGUUAGGGUCAGAUAGGUGAUUUAAAAGGGCAAUAAACCCUCUUGUUCUCAACAUAAGCAAUGAAUAGGGCUUGUCCUGGACUAUUAUUUUAAAUAACAUCAAAAUAACUCAGCAGCACAGUGAGAAGCCCUCUGUAUAAACAACCCCCACCCUUCCUCCAGCUGCAGUUGUUGUUUUGAAUGUUUCUGUAUAAACUGGGAAGUAGAAAAUGAUCUUACUUUCAAUUUCAGAUUAUGCCCUGUUUUGUGCAAAAAAAAAUGCAAGCCAUACAUAGUUUUUAUUUAAAAUGAUAGGCAAAAAGUCAUUCAUGCUACUCAUUAGGCUAAAAGUGAAACAUGCUCUAUACUGCCCCUUUGACUUACCCCUCUAGAUAAUUAAAACAAAGACUUCUACUUUUAACCACUGAGGCGAAGGGAAAAGAUGGCUGCAUGUUAAUUUGUCUUUUUGCCCAGCUUCCAUUUGUAAAAUAUAAAGGUACUAUUUUGGCUUCCAUGUUUGAAUGCAGUGUUAUGAAAGCACAUGCUUCUGAGAGGAUAAAUUGUCCCUUUCCCCUGAAGUACAUAUACGCCACCAACACUACUGUAUAUAUUCUCUUUCAGUGCUCUCUUUGGGAAGUUGUUGGCAGUCGUUAGCCACUGGCUUUUUAUAUCUCUGUUUCUUAAACUCUGUUUCAAAUCAACAAACUGUACCGGUUAAUCCAAAUUGUGCCUGUAAACACACUAUUCAAUAAUAAAUCAACCACUUUUAUACCUUA